GUCCAACAACCAAUUAAAGAAUCUAUCUUCAGGAGUUUUUACUGGCAUCAGCGUCUCCCAAUAUGCUUCUCUGAACCUGUAAGUAAGACUGUUAAACUUUGAUUUUAUAAUUGUUUUAAGGGACUAAAAGUAGAUCAAGGUCUACACCUUACCCAGGUAAGUGUCGGGAUGAAAUAAGAGAAAGAAAGAGUGCAUGGAUGCUGAACUGACUCCUCCCCAACUCAUGAGGUGUUGCUGACAGGAAUGACAGCUAUAUAGCCGGACAUAUGUGAUGAAAACCAUCAAGCGACGUAGAUAUAAGUCUGCAACAUUAGAAUCCAUCAAUUCUUUCUAUCAUAAAAAAAAACUAUUGUUGUUUUUUUUUAUCGCGUAUCCGGUUAUGGCGAGGACCUCAUGAACAUUUACCAAUCAUUGGGCGCGAUUGUCCGGUUAAAAGGAAGUUUCGAAAGAAAUAAUGUCAUCUUCUGAGACAAACGUUUUGUAACCGUGGGCGUAAGUCAUCAAACGGAAUCAAGUACAUAGUCGCGUGUUAUUUGAAUGAAUAAAGUUCGGCUCUUUAUUAUUAAUUGGUCAGCUCCAUGAUAUCUAUCGUUUGAUUUCCAGAUUUAUAACAGUUCGUCAGUCUCUUUUGGUUGAUUUUGAUCCGUCUGUCAUAAUUCAGGGUCUUUUGAUUUAUAGAAACAGCAGCUCAGACUACUUCGCUUAGAUCUUGAAAGUUCACAUCAGCUCGGUAUCAUACUCUUGAUUCUGUUAUUACCUUUGGCAAAAUUGAAAAUUUUAUCAGAUAUUUUUUUGAUCUUAAUUUAACUUGAUCAUGAAGAAUGUGGCUCAUCACGUGACCCCAACUUUUGUUCCCCAAUGACUGCCACAACAUACACCAGGCACUAAAAUUUGUGGAAAGUGCGGCGUCACCGACGGAAACAAUAUGACUUCCUGAACACUUUUAGUUGGACGUCAUGACUGGAUGCUCAAGAUAAAUAGCCAUUUAGGCAGUAAGAUUGUCGCUCUCGGUGAUGGAAUGGAGAACAAAUUUAGUGGGAGGUCGUAAUUAAACCUAAAAAGAAAUAAUAAUGAUCCAAAGGUAGUCGAUGCAUCAGUGAAAACUUUUUAAUUUAAAAAAACUUAAACUCAUAAGUAUUAGACCGUUCAAAGUAAUUUUUAAAGGGUUUAAUAGAACUCGAGAGUCUUUCAUUAGGCACCGUGUUCAUCUAGUGCUUUGUGCGUAACGUUCAAACGGAUACAUGUCUCAGCUUUCUAUUGUUUUGUUUUCCAUAAAAUAACUGAGUUAGCUUUAAGAGCUAAUGUCAGCGUGCAUCAAUCAAACAGCGGCAAGUCACCCAAAUUUGUUUCCCCUCCUACUUUUUAUAUUUUGUAGCCCAAUAUGUUCUAAUAAUUGUGGUGUAGUUGUUUUGUAAAAAUAUAUUUUAGUUUUCGAGAAAUAAUUUUUUUCGUUCGACCGCUCAAAUAUGCAAAUUUUCACCGUGAAUAUUACCCGAGUUAUGUGACCUCAUGUUAUGAAUGUACUAGACCUACGGUAUUUCUGUAAACAAAAAGUUUUGUUUUAUCAUCUAAACGUAAUCCCCUGUCGUUAUUGAAGCUGCCAAAGAAAUAUUUAUUUUUUGGUGAAUAUUUUUGUCCGACAUACUUUUCCUAUAUCGAAAAGUAGCAUCAAAACAAAGACAAUUUUAACAAUGACCGAUAUGACACAAUCUACUAAGCUUCAAGCUUUCAUAAGACAAAAGGAUGGUUAUAAAGUUACUGUAAAAAUUUCCUUGUGUAUUUGCGUUGUUCUAUCUUGAGACGAACUCAAAGUCUGGCAAAAUUUACUUGAUAGCGACUAUGAAAUGUACAUCGACCUUUUGUCACGCGUUCUUUUUUCGUAUCAAUUCAAUCGGACUAACACCUUGAUCAAUGAACUUCUUUGUGUGUUUUACCUUCUUUGACAUGAUGUUAUCUGGUGAUAUCUCUUAGCGGAAUAGUUCAAGAUUUUUCCAAAAAAACUGAGUACAAAUGUUUGAUAGCGUAGAAAGCUCCGGUUAGAAUUUAAGCGUCCCGCCGUCAGAGGUUUCGCUGUUCACGAUGUUGAACGACAAUAUGCCUACGUGGUGGAGACAUCACGGAGAACUGGAAAUAAAGUGCUAAGUGUUAUUUUAAAGUCACCUUUGAUAUGGGAAAUCUAUCAUGAAAAAAUUGCGCUCGCUCUAUGUUAAAAAACCAUUUGACACCCUAGCCUACGUGUAGCCGUGCCCUCCCCCCAAGGUGAAACGGAAGCGAGGGAACGUCAACGGAAACCUGACACCGACUAAUCGUGUUCCGUGUCGCCACUCUAAUUUAUGCAAAAUAAUGUCAUUUGAUAAUAUUUGUUUGUGAAGUGGCACGUGUUAGCAAGAAGGUUAUCGAGAUAAACAACAAAACUGAAGUGAAUUUAUUUUCCAUUUUUCGGGUAAAUUUGCAAUUCAGCGGCCGAUUUCAAAUAUACACUUCGCUUUAAGGAUAUAGGAAAAGAUUAUGAGCGAUUUUUUUGUAUAGAGUAAGGAGAGGACGGUGUUCGAUUAGCACCGCGCUUACGACAGUCCUCGCGGUUUCUGCUUGCAUUUGUAAACAAUGCCACGGUCGGCGAAAUAAUUAUGCUUCAAGCGUGAAGAAAGAGCGACUCUUUUCUCAGUCGAAAGAAUCGCUGCAAGAAAUAACUAGCUUUAAUUUAAGUGACUAAACGUCUGGCAGCCGGACGGUAAGCCGUAGAUUCUAGGCGGCUGUUCGUGUCGGGGUCUUAUCUUGUUGUAAACGGCCUCUGGUAGAUAUCCGCUUCGCUUCAAGGUAAGCAGCUUUUCGGACAACUUGCGGGUCAGACGGUCUGUCGGAUCUUUGUUGAGGAGCUGGUACGAUCCGUUCUCAAUAAGCAUAGACAUCUUAGUUCGGUAGGUGUCGGUAUACGCUAGCGCGCCCUUUGUCCGCUGGGAGAACCAUGAUGGACUCGUCUUCUCUCAGGCUUUUAAGUGCAUCUCGCAUCUCCUUCAUAAUGUUAGGCUCUGGUGGUUCCGCCUGUUGAAGGAUACCGUUAACAGCUCCUCUGACACUAUCUGCUUGUUCAGCGUCGAGUUGUCUUACGGCUGCUUCGACCAUGGCGAUGAUCUCUGUGGCAAGAGUAUUCGCAGGAGUUACGGCGAAGUUCAGUCCUUUCUUCAGUAGGGCUCUCUCGGCAUCGCUAAGGGACCUAGAAGAUAAAUUAACCAGCCAGUUAGCUUUGUCAACAUACGGUGUGUCAACCGGUGACACAGUCGCCUGUUUUUCUCAAAUGAGUUUUUCAAACUUCUGCUUAUGUCUCUCUUUGGUGGUGUUGAAGACUCGCAGUUUGGUGUUGGUCUUAAUCUGCUCUAGUAGCCUGUUGGCGUCGUUUGUCGAGAGAGCGGAUGUUAUGCUCUGUGCUGUGGAUUCUGUAUCCUCCUUUGCAUCUCCCUUGGCCUACUGUGUCAGUCUGAUCCGUUCCCUUAGGAAUCUCAUGGAUGCGAGUUCAGCGACUCUGCGUGCGCCUUUGGUGGGAACUGGCACAUAAUAACAAAAUUCUGAGGCCACUAACUCGAUUUAACGGCAACAUGACUCAAGAUCAUCACUCUAUCGACUUGAACUUUUGCUUACUCAAUGCACAAUCCCUGAAUAACAAAGCCGGCGAGUUUACCGAUCUUGUUUCUGAGUACAAACCAGAUGUGGUUGCUCUAAUAGAAACAUGAUUUUAUCUGAUGGAGUCAGCCUCGUGAACACUCUGCGCGCCUGUGGCUACAAACUUCUAGACUAUCCACGAACUAGUCGAACAGGGGAAGGGACUGGAGUACUGUUCAGGGACAACCUAACUGUGAAAAAAGGAGCUACCGCUGAACUGCGAUCAUUUGAGUACUCUGAGUGGGAUAAUAAGUCUGAAACCGACCGGAUCCACCUUAUUAUCGUCUACAGAACACCAUACUCUGAGGCACAUCCCGUCGCCACAAGUGUCUUCUUCUAAGAGUUCUCAGCAUUUCUCGAGUCUGCAGUUUUUUGCUCAAGCCAUCUAUUAAUUACUGGGGACUUUAACAUACACAUGGACGCGGAAGCUGACACUGAUGCAGUUAGACUGCGCGAAAUACUCGAGAGUACUGGUCUAAAGCAGCAUGUUACCGCUCCCACUCACAUCAGCGGGCACACCCUUGAUCUUAUUAUUACAAGAUUGUCUGACCAGCUUGAUAUUUGCAGCCCAUGGACCGUUUAUCUAUUUUCUGACCACAUGUUAGUCUAUUCCAAACUCCAAGUGUGCAAACCUGCCCUUAAAAGAUCGGAUAUAACUUUCAGGAAAAUUAGGUCUAUCAAUAAGAAGCUCCUACGGGACGAGAUUUCUAAUACCGAUCUCUGUAAAAACCUGCUUUCAUAA